GAGUGUUGAAAACGCCGAGAAAAAGAAAAAUUCCAUUUCCGCAAUUUCCCCCAUUUUUCCCAUCGCAGUAAACGCACGCAUCCCUCCCUCCUCCCUUCUCUCUCUCUAUCUCGCUCUGCAAAUUUUUAGCAACCUCUCUCUCUCUCUCUCUCGCUCCUCCUCCGCUUCGCGUCCCGAAUCCGCAGCAGCAGCAGCGGCGAUCUAGGGUUUCGCUCGCGCUCCCGACGAGCCGCUCCCCACCCCCGGCCGGGUUGGUUGUUGCAUGAUCGGAUUACGUCUUCCGGGACUUUGAGAAGCUUAGUUGGGAAUUAUGACAACUUCGUGGGCUGAUUCUGUUGCUGCUUCGGAGGAGGAGGCAGUGGCGGCGGCGCCAGCGCCAGCAGCGGCGGCGUCGGCUAAGUUUUCCUCUGAUCAAGCUAGCCAGCCGCGUCCGACGAGGAGGACGUACGUCCCUCCCCACCUCCGCAGUAGGCCGCAGUCCUCCGUUUCCUGCUCCGCUCCGCCGAGUGCUGCUGUGCCUGCUGUAAAUGACCGUAGUGGUUAUGGCGGGCCUCCUGCUGGGUCCUGGUCGACCGGUGGGUUUAGACCUGAUGCUGGGCGCAGCGGUGGUGGUCAUGUUCCUGCUGGUGGUCGGAAUGGAAGAGGUGGAGGACGGGACCGCGGAAGAGAUCGCGAGGUGAAUCCUUUUGCUGACAAGGAUGGACUCGAGCAGGGGAUUGUCGGGCAAGAGAACGCUGCGAUCAAUUUCGACGCUUAUGAGGACAUUCCUGUGGAGGCCACUGGGAAUAACGUGCCCCCUCCUGCGGCUACCUUUGCAGAUAUAGACUUAGGGGAAGCGUUGAAUUUGAAUAUUCAGAGGUGCAAGUAUGUGAAGCCGACGCCAAUUCAGCGUCAUGCAAUUCCGAUUUCUCUCGCGGGACGCGAUCUGAUGGCUUGUGCUCAGACUGGGUCUGGGAAGACUGCUGCUUUCUGCUUUCCAAUAAUUAGUGGAAUUAUGCGAGGGCGCUAUGUGCAGAGACCACGCGGAAGAACUGCGUAUCCUCUUGCUCUGAUUCUUUCCCCUACUAGGGAGCUCUCUAUUCAGAUACAUGAGGAAGCAAGGAAGUUUUCAUAUCAAACUGGUGUCAAGGUUGUAGUUGCUUAUGGAGGGGCACCAAUCAAUCAACAGUUACGCGAACUUGAAAGGGGAGUUGAUAUUCUAGUUGCAACUCCAGGAAGAUUGGUUGAUUUUCUUGAAAGAGCCCGAGUAUCUCUGCAGAUAAUUAAGUAUUUGGCUCUUGAUGAGGCAGAUCGAAUGUUAGAUAUGGGUUUUGAACCUCAGAUAAGGAAAAUUGUGGAGCAGACAGGAAUGCCUCCAUGUGGUUUGAGGCAGACAAUGCUAUUUAGUGCCACUUUCCCAAAAGAGAUUCAGAGGCUAGCUUCUGAUUUCCUUUCAAACUACAUAUACUUGACUGUUGGAAGGGUCGGUUCUAGUACUGAUUUGAUUGUUCAAAGAGUUGAGCUUGUCCGUGAGUCUGACAAAAGGAGCCAUCUUAUGGAUCUUCUCCAUGCACAAAGAGAAAAUGGGUUUCAUGGAAAGCAAGCUUUGACUUUGGUUUUUGUGGAGACAAAGAGGGGAGCAGAUUCCUUAGAAAACUGGUUAUAUACAAACGGGUUUCCUGCUACUAGCAUCCAUGGGGAUAGAUCACAGCAAGAAAGAGAACUGGCAUUGCGAUCAUUCAAGAGUGGAAGAACUCCAAUUCUAGUUGCAACCGAUGUUGCAGCGCGUGGUCUUGACAUCCCUCACGUUGCCCAUGUGAUCAACUUUGAUCUUCCCAAUGAUAUUGAUGAUUAUGUUCACCGGAUAGGACGGACAGGGCGAGCUGGCAACACAGGACUAGCAACAGCCUUCUUUAAUGAGAACAGCUCAUCGCUGGCAAGGCCACUAGCUGAAUUGAUGCAAGAGGCAAAUCAGGAAGUGCCUGCUUGGCUCACACACUACGCAUCAAGGUCACAUGGCGGUGGCAGAAGUAGGCGAUCCGGAGGGAGUCGAUUUGGUGGGCGUGAUUUCAGACGGGAAGGCUCAUUCAACAGAGGUACGGAUUACUAUGGUGGAGGUUAUAAUAGCACUGGACGUGGUGUUUCUGCUGGUUAUGGUGGGUAUGGAGUGUAUGGUACAGGGGUCACCAGCGCUUGGGAGUAGUUUUACUGAGAUUGGAUGCGGUAACCAAUUCAUGAUCUGGCGUGUACAGAAUGGAAGCCUUGUUCUCGAUUCUCAAUUCUCAAAUUCAAUGAGAAUUUAUGAAAGCCUUUCACAUGCUUCUCUUCAUAGGGUAGGUAUUUUAUCCUGCCGUCUUGUAAAUAUAUGCUAAGUCCACUAACGCACAGGAUGAAUACUAGUUCUAGUCCCUCUCUAAUAUGGGCACAUGCUUUGUACAUAUGUUGGAAGGCUAGGCCUUUAUGAGGCAUUGGUUCUUUCGCAAGCAGUUGCAACUUCAUGUAAAGCUGCUGUUUGGUUUCUAAAUCCCAUGCUUCAUGCUCGUUUUCAAUA